GGGGGCGAUAAGGCCACCUUAUCAGUGGGCAUGGUAUUACCAACAGGUGUCCCGUUUCCCCAAACGGCCAUGGCGAUUGGCGAUUAGCAGUACCUGUCCCAAACCAAAGACCGCAUGCGAGCCCGCCAUGAUAGCUAACGACUGCACGGCACGAUGCGUCGCCUCAAUUUGGUUCUGUUAGCAUCGCUCCAGCUGUGCCGAGCUCGGCAGCACAGUUUCAGUGUCCAUGACGACCUGCUAGCAUAUCCCCAGUAUGAGGUUGUCUUUGCGGACGAUUCCAUCUCAGAAGCCGACGCCCUCGCCAUCCUUGAGUCGUCGCACAAAAAAGAUGCCACCUACAACACCGCAGACUUCUCGCAAUCCGACCUGUCUAACGUGCGCGAGUCCGCACCCGCCGGAUCUUCCGGGACGACAAGCCGCGAGAGCACACCUGAGGCCGGCGAAGACGACGAAGAUGCGCCAAUUGGUGAAACGUACGAAUUGAUCAACGACGAUCCAUGGCACUAUCUCUGCGCCGUGCCCAUUCUUGCACCCCCGCCCGUGCUUAACCGGACGGCGACAGAACUAGCCAAGGCCGAGGAGGCACGCGAGCUGAGUAGGGCGUCAGCCAGAGGCUGGGAACUGAUGAGCGGGCUCGAGGGGCAAUGCAUGUACUAUGUGUCGGGAUGGUGGAGCUACAGCUUUUGCUACGGCAAGAACGUCAUCCAGUUCCACGCCCUGCCCGGGAGCAAGCCCACGGACCCGCCCGUGCCAGACGGAAACAACCAGGAGUAUGUUCUUGGUAGGGUACAGCACAAGGCGCCCUCGAGAGGCUCGACAGAUGAUGCGGAGGCGGAGGGGCAAACCAAGAGCCUCGCUCCGCCAAACUCCCAGCUCCAGGUGAAGGGCGACCAGCGCUAUCUAUCACAGCGCCUCGAGGAUGGCACAGUCUGCGACCUCACCGGCCGUCCGCGCACCAUCGAGAUCCAGUACCACUGCAGCCCCGGCGCGACAACGGACAGAAUCGGCUGGGUCAAAGAAGUCACCACCUGUACCUACCUAAUGGUCGUCUAUACCCCGCGUCUCUGCAGCGACGUGGCCUUCCUCCCCCCCAAGGAAAGCCGGGCACACCCGAUCCGCUGCCGCCCGAUCGUCAGCACCAAGGAGGAAGAGCUUGCUUGGCGGCACAACAGACUGGUCGCGGCCGGCGAGCUGCUGGGACGAAGAACCGGAACCACCAAGCCGGCCGGCAAGGACCUUUCCAAGAACCACUUCGUCGGAAUGACCAUCGGCGGCAUCGUCGUAGGCUCCAAGAAGCAUGUCAGCGACGAGCUCGCGAGCAAGCUGCCGCUGCCGAGAGGAGUCGUGCGCCAAGCAGCGCCGACCGUACAAGUGAUUGCCAGUAGGAAGAGCGGCACGGCCAAGGUGGAUGUGAUGAGCGACGCCGAGCUGGAGAAGCUGAAUCUCGAUCCAAAGCUGGUCAAGGAGGGAGUGGAGGAGAUGAAGAGCGUUGCGGGCGACAGGGGUUGGACCCUGCAAUACGUGAAGGACGGCGACAAGGUUGAGUACUACGGCGUAUUCGAAGGGGAGGAGGACGAAGUCGAGCAGGAGGGUGUCAGGCGGCAGGAUUUGCCCUGGGAGUCGGGCAACAAGAAGGAGGAAGCUGCAAAGGACGAGAAGAAAGAUGAUCGCGGAGAAACUGCAAACCGGAAGAAGGAAGAAGAGGAGGGCUCCCAGGAGGUAUUCUUCAAGGAGGAACUGUAGAUAGAGAGCGGACAGACCUUGGUAUUCUUUUGUAUGUACGAAGUAUGCAUUCAGUAUUCCGCCUCCAGUUGCCUACUGGCAACCGAAAUGGUCGUUCUCCCCGUCGCCAACAUGUGACUGAAACCGCUGGACGUUGCAGCUUUCUCGCCGUGUCGGCACUGUCUCGCCCG